GAAUGCAAUCCCAGCUCCAGUUUCCAUUCAGCUGAAUCUUAUCAAUCUCUAGUCUUCAAUACGUGCAUAAGUGAAUAAAUACAUAAUUAAUAAUAAUUAAUUAAUAUAUUAAUAUAAUAAUUAAUAUUAAUUAAUUAAUAAAUACAUAAGAUCUCUCCAGUAAAAUGUCAAACUUCAAACUAGUCUUGCCAUUUCUCGGCCUGUUGUGCAUUUGUACCAGUACUGCGAAGGAUGCCAAAGUUCUCUCAGAAUACGAAAAAUUCGCCAAAGUUCACGAAACAGCGAUGAAAGUCUUGUCCAAUCCGGACCAAGCAGUUGACCCGAAUGACCCCAAUUCUGUAAUGUACUUGGCUGAUUUGCAGAGAAGAAUGGCAAUUACGGAAGGUGAGAACGGACAAGUUCACAGUGUCGCAGAAUCGGUGGAGUAUGUCCUGGAUCAUUUCAAGAGAGCGAAGAAAUUGGAGGAGAAAUUGGAUAAGAACAUGAAAUCCUUCAACAUUCUUGCAGAAGAAGAGGAAUUCCACAAAAAAAUGAGCGAGACGCAAGAAUUGGUCGGAGUAUUUAGAAAGAGGGCGAAAGACUUACUCAAGUCCGUGAAAAAAGGUGAUAGAAUAAAGUUCCGCAAGGAAUUUACUACACUGAUUAGUGAAUUCCAGGAUUUUAAAAACCUCUACGCCAACCAAUGGAUUAAACUCAGGAGCAAGUUAACGGGUAAUGACCAGUUUCUCGAGAUGAAUCAGGUGAUCGAUGAAAUGCAAGAAGAAAUGCAGAAAUUUAAUGCAAUGUCUGAUCUUCCGUUUGCUCGGCAUUUGGCUGGAGUUCUAAAAAACGUGGGGAUUUCGGAUGCGGAUCUGAUCUCGGAAGGGUUUGAUAAAAGACUGGGGGUAGAUUUUAGCUUGCUGGAAUCUCUGUUGAAACUUUAUCAAAAACUUGAAGGGAUGAAAAAUCAAGUUUUGAUUGAAGAAGACGCGAAAACCAAAACACAAUUUGACGAAGAAAUAAAGGAUAUGGAAGAGAAUAUAAUUCCAGACUUUCUUCACGAGCACCAGGGCCAGCUAAAAGUGGUGAUUGCUGGCUGUUUAGGGACAGCAUUUAGCAGUGUUAAGAAGAUGAACCAAUUUGAGGAAUUGGUCGAUAAUGUUUUGAAAAUUCAUAGUAAACAUAAAGCUCUCAAUGAACAAUGGCGCGUUGAGGUACUGGGGAUCGAUGAUGUGCUUAUCGAAGCAAACAAAUUGAUGGAACGAAUGCUAAGAGAUGAAUUUUAGAUGAUAAACUGGUAGAAUUAUGUGAAGAUAUGGUUGCUGGUUUUAAGCAAUUUAUUCGAUUUUAAACUCGCAUUACAGAAUUUUACAAACAUAAAUUUUGUAUGGGUGUAUAUUUGCUAAAAUGUAAUCAAUAAAUUAGUCGUGUUUUCAAAUAUGUA